CCAUUUUGGGAAGUCAGCGGGCCGGCCGACUCCCGUCACUAUUUUUUUUUUACUUUUCAUCGAUGGCGAACGGGAGAACCGCCCGAUAUCGCUUUUAAAUCAAGCCGUUUUAUGCUCGGCACUGAUUCUGAAUCGUUGAACGAGUACCUCUGCCUAAUGGAACCGACGUCGACGUACGCAGACUUGGGGAGGAACGCCGCGCCCGUCAAGUUUGAUCCUCCGCGGCUGAGCCGGAAACGUCGCGACGUCGUUGACGGCCACUCGCAGCAGCCGGCGGGUGAUGAGGAAGUGGAAGUGGCCUUCUCCGGUGGACCAGUUGGCCGCGAGGGCCGAGAUGCGGGUGGCACUGCAAUGGCGACUGGCCGUGGCCGAGCUCCGUCGUGGGGUGGCGAGGGUGGGGACGAGGAAGAGGAGGAGGAGCUCAAGUACGGUGCCAAGCACGUCAUCAAGCUGUUCGUGCCGGUGUCGCUCUGCAUGCUUGUCGUGGUGGCCACCAUCAGCUCCAUCAACUUCUACCGGCACACCAACACCUACCUGGUGUACACGCCAUUCACCGACCAGACGGUGGACACGGGCACCAAGGUGUGGCAGUCCUUUGCCAAUGCAUUCAUCCUGAUGGGAGUCAUUGUGGUCAUGACCAUCCUGCUCAUUGUCCUGUACAAGUUCCGCUGCUACAAGGUCAUUCACGGCUGGCUCAUCCUUUCCUCGCUGCUGUUGGUCUUCCUCUUUGCUUACAUCUUUCUGGGGGAGGUGCUGCGGGCAUACAACGUACCCAUGGACUACCCGACGGUGGUGUUUGCCAUGUGGAACUUUGGCGUGGUCGGCAUGAUCUCCAUCCACUGGAAGGGGCCCCUGCUCCUUCAGCAGGCCUACCUCAUCCUCGUGUCGGCGCUCAUGGCUCUCGUCUUCAUCAAGUACCUUCCCGACUGGACCGCCUGGGUCGUCCUCGGGGUCAUCUCCGUCUGGGAUUUGAUCGCCGUCCUGUGCCCCAAGGGACCACUGCGGAUUCUUGUUGAGACGGCGCAGGAGCGUAACGAGCCCAUCUUCCCUGCUCUCAUCUACUCGUCUGCCAUGGCGUGGUGUGUGGUUACAAUGGCUGACCGGGAUCCCUUCUACACUAACCAGAACCAGCCAGGUGCACAGAGCGACGCCUCUUCAGCGUCGACCAACAGCCCUGGCCAGCUAGCAGAGGGCGGGGACGUGGAUCCCCCCGUGGAGGUUGAGCAGCCCCGGAUGCGUGGAGAGAGGACGCGGCGGCGCUCGCAGCGCGGCAGCACAGUCGUCAACAGCGGCACGCUGGCGGGUGCCACUGAAAGUACUGGCGACCUCCCCCACCAGGAAGAAGAAGAGAGGGGAGUCAAGCUAGGUCUGGGCGACUUCAUCUUUUACAGCGUCUUGGUGGGGAAGGCGUCGUCUUAUGGCGACUGGAACACGACCGUCGCCUGCUUUGUGGCCAUCCUCAUUGGUCUGUGCCUAACCUUGCUCCUGCUGGCCAUAUUCAAGAAGGCACUUCCAGCUCUGCCAAUCUCGAUCACCUUCGGCCUCAUCUUCUACUUUGCAACGUCGUCGCUCGUCCAGCCGUUUGCUGACAGCCUAGCGAGCGAGCAAGUCUUUAUAUGAUGGGUCUCCACCACGAAAGGACGCUACACAAGGGAGUUGCAGCGAUAAGUCAUCUGGCGCUGCAAUCACCAAGCAGUGGCAGUGUGCUUUGCGCACUCCGCAUAAAAACGCUAAUCAAGUCACGUGCUGUGCAACAUCUUGGUUGUCUUCAGUUGUUGAGAACGUGGCACAGUUUGGAACUGUUGAGUCGACAGCAUGCUGUGAUGCGGUGUGUCAUGUGAAUGACCGCCAUGCUCCAGAAGAAUGUACAGAAUGGGCCACCAACUACUUCCGUCGUUCCUGGACUUCCAAAGUGUGUUUGUUUUUUUCCCCUUUGUGUUUUUCUCUCCCUGGGUGCUGCUUUUAAUGAAGUGACGCUUAUUUAUAUGAUUCUUCGCAUGCUUCUGUGUGACGCCCCACAGUUCACUUUGUUGGCAGUAUUGCCGGCUCAGUUUAGUGGGUAUAGUCGACUUCCGUUAAUUUGACUUUGACAGGACCGACGAAAUUUAUUUAAUUAACCGACAGGUCGAAUUAAACAAGAGACAGAAAAAACAUACGACAGUAUUUGCCCAAUUCUGACACGUCUCCGAAUUGAGCGCACAUCCACUUUGUAUGGCUUGAAAGUAAAAAAACUACCAUAAAAUUGCAUUAGAGCUCUUAAACGAAGCAGGAGCUGAACGUGCACCCGAUGUUUAGCAAGAAAACUGCAGCGUGCCUCCGAUUCUGGCAAAAAUAAAAACACAAAACUAGCGAACUUUACCUUCACUGAAUGGAGCUUUAUUUGGUUCAUCACUCUCAGAAAGUGCUUUAUUGCUGUCUAUGAAGAAACACAACAUGUUGUCCUGUGUGCGUUCCAUAGCACGUUUCAUACUCAGCAUUUGUCAAAUGUCAAACAACUUCACACCAACCGCAAACAGAAUAUUGGCCCACUCCUAGACUAACUGCUUCACUAGUUUGUCCUGUAACGCACACAUUUCUCCAGAAAACCAAGCAUACGUGACUGGACUUUUCGCUAGCUUAACAUGCAAAAUAAGUUGUCGUUUGAAUAUGUUUUUGUUUUCAGACUGAAAGCGGCACGUCUUCAUCGUACUAAUGCUAUUUGCAAACUCAUUCUGCUGCUAUUUAGUCAUCUUGUGAUGGCAGUGUCAGUGGCGAUUACGCUGGCUAGACUGGCUCUGAUGGUAGGCUGUUGCGAAUGCGGUUUUGUUUUUGUACGAGUUUGCACCACCCAAGCAAUUUUCAGACUAAUUGUGUUGGGAAAAAAAAAUGCUCGUUGGAAUUGAGUAAAUACGGUAAAAUUCAUUGUGAGCUGCUGUUUUGGCUUUAAUAUUUUUCUGGGGUAAGCGAAAAGUAGCAUUUUCUGACGGGAAAUAACAUUUGUUCAACCCAUUCACUGUACUCUAAGCGCCGCUGAAUCCUACUCUGUCGCUAUUGGAGUCAUUACUGGGGUCACCAUUGGGGCCAGGCACGUGCAUGAUGACCAGCCAAAUUCGAAUUAUCUCCCGAAGACUAAUUUCAAGGUAAAAGCAACAUAAGUUUGGUCCUGUAAAAGUGUAUGAGUGCCAGCCGGGACCUUCAGUCAGCAUCGAAUUGACUGAAAAAUCAAACCACAGUUGAAUUAAUGGAAGUCUACUGUAUUGCUAAAUAUUUCUCGUUCUCGUCAUCAAAGAUGUCUCAGAAUAAAUUUUCUAUGCCAUC